AUGGCAACUGCUGGAAAAAAUGCUGGGCCGUCGCCCUACGAUACGUAUCAGACGUCGUUGACGACGAGAUACUGCAGCCCGGAGAUGGCACGGCUCUUUGGCCAACGCUCUCGCCACUCGCAAUGGCGCAGGCUUUGGUUGCUGCUCGCAGAGUCUGAGAGAGAGCUUGGUAUCCAGACCAUCACGACGGAAGCGCUCGAGCAGAUGAAGCAGCACCUUGAAGUAACCGACCAAGACUUUGAGGUUGCCAGGGCCGAGGAGAAGAUCCGCCGCCACGACGUCAUGGCUCAUGUACACGCCUUCGGAGCUGUUGCGCCUGCAGCGGCUGGUAUUAUCCAUUACGGUGCGACAAGCUGCUUCGUAACUGACAAUGCGGAACUUAUCCUCAUGCGUGAUGCCAUGGACCUUCUCCUCCCAAGACUGGCCAAGGUUGUCUCAAACCUGUGCCAGCUUGCUAGGGAAUGGAAGGCAACACCCACUCUUGCGUACACGCAUUUGCAGCCAGCUCAACUGAUCACAGUUGGCAAGCGGGCAGCUCAAUGGGCCCAAGAUCUCGUUUUCGACCUAGAGAGUAUCGAACACGUUCGCAAUGGGUUACUGCUUCGAGGUGCACAAGGAACUACAGGAACUCAAGCUUCGUUCCUUGAGAUUUUUGGCGGGGACGGCUCCAAGUGUGACCAGCUGAAUGCACUAUUGUGCAAGAAGACCGACUUUCCCGCAUGCUACGAUGUGUCGACGCAAACGUACACCCGCAAGGUCGACCUGCUCGUCGCCAACGCCAUCUGCGGCCUUGGUGCUACGGCGCAAAAGAUUGCCGGAGAUAUCCGCCAUCUCGCCUCGUGGCAGGAAGCAGAGGAGCCUUUCGAAGACAAACAGGUGGGGUCAAGUGCUAUGCCCUUCAAGAGAAACCCGAUGCGUUCAGAGAGGGUCUCUAGCCUUGCCCGAGAGCUUCUGUCCAAGCAGGCAACCACUGCAAACACCCUCGCAGCGCAAUGGAUGGAGCGCUCACUGGACGACAGCGCCGUCCGCAGAAUGGACUUGCCCGAGAUGUUCCUCCUGGCCGAUGCUAUUAUUGGCAGCCUGGACAAUAUCACCGACGGCAUGGUCAUUUACCCCCAGGUAAUUGCGUCGCGUGUUCACCAGCAACUGCCUUUUAUGUGCGCGGAAAACAUCAUCAUGAAGCUCACUGCCAAGGGCAUAUCCAGGCAGGAAGCCCACGAGCAGAUCCGCGUCUUAUCACACCAAGCUGCCCGUGUCGUGAAGUUGGAGGGUAAACCGAAUGAUCUUAUAGACAGGAUCAAGGCUACAGAGUUCUUUCAACCUAUCUGGGCUGAUCUUGACGACAUGCUGAGACCUGAGCUUUAUAUUGGCCGUAGUAUUGAAAUUGUGGAACGAUAUUGUGGUCUGGAAGGUGUAGCAGAGAAGAAGAUCCAACGAUACAGGGCAGUGUUCGAAAAAUCACAAACGACGGAGCUAAAUGUCUGA